AUGGAGACCUUACAAGAAGUUAUUCCAUUCGCCAAAGAGAUGAUCAACCAGAAGCCCAGCCGGGGCAUGCUGAAGGUUUACUUGGUGGGCUCAGUAGUGGCCGUCCUGGGGACAGUCCUGGGUUUGGUCCAGACCGUGUGUCAGCCGUUCUCCUCUUUUGACGAUGCGGCUCUGGAUGCGGAGCUAGCCAAACUGGUGGCGCGGGAGUUGCGCGAGGAAGAGAGACGCAGAAAGCAAGGAGAAGUGGCGGAGAGGGCAAAUUACGACAAACCACAGAGAGAAAACACGGCUGGUGUGGCUCAUAGAAGCGCAGCAACACGACUCCACGCAUCGUAA